AUGAUUUCAGCAUUCGCUCGUAAUAGUGUUAGAUUCUUUUCAACUAAACCACACGUUUUAAUUGAUAAAAACACCAAAGUAAUCUGUCAAGGUUUUACAGGUAACCAAGGUACCUUCCACAGCAAACAAGCUAUUGAAUAUGGUACCCAAAUGGUUGGUGGUGUUUCACCAGGUAAAGGUGGUCAAAAACAUUUAGAAUUACCAGUUUUCAACACUGUUCAAGAAGCCAAACAACAAACCGGCGCUAAUGCCACAGUUAUUUAUGUUCCACCACCAUUUGCCGCUGCUGCCAUCAAAGAAGCUAUUGAUGCUGAUAUGGAAUUAAUUGUUUGCAUUACUGAAGGUAUUCCACAACAAGAUAUGGUUAAAGUUAAAAAAUAUCUUAAUGAAAAACCAACAACUCGUUUAAUUGGCCCAAAUUGUCCAGGUAUCAUCAAACCAGGAGAAUGUAAAAUUGGUAUUAUGCCAGGUCACAUCCACAAAAAAGGUAAAAUUGGUAUUGUUUCACGUUCAGGUACUUUAACUUAUGAAGCUGUUGCUCAAACUACCGCUGUUGGUUUAGGUCAAUCAACCUGUAUUGGUAUUGGUGGUGAUCCAUUCAACGGUACCAACUUUGUCGAUUGCUUAAAGAUGUUCACAAAAGAUCCACAAACUGAAGGUAUUAUUUUAAUUGGUGAAAUUGGUGGUGAAGCUGAAGAAGAAGCCGCUCAAUGGUUAAUUGAUAACCCAACUGAUAAACCAGUCGUUUCAUUUAUUGCUGGUACCUCUGCCCCACCAGGUAGAAGAAUGGGUCACGCUGGUGCUAUCAUCAGUGGCGGUAAAGGUGAUGCCAACUCUAAAAUCAAUGCCUUAAAAGCUGCCGGUGUUACCAUCUCACCAUCACCAGCCAAAUUAGGUGAAGCCAUGUUAGAAAGAAUGAAAGCUUUAGGUAAAGCUUAA